AGCGGAGCAAAAUCCUGGUGGUGACCUGCGCAUGUCUCAGCCACUCAGCCGGCUUCCGCUCGGCUCCCUGUACCUCGUCAGUAGCCCGUCGAUCGCACAUCCAUCUUGGGCCCUCUUGGGCCCUCGACCCUCCCUUCGUGGCUCUCAUAUCGAGCCGCCAAAUGCUGCCUCUACUCAGUCCAAGUCUCUCCUCCGUUCCUCCGCCCAUCCGCCGGCCGCCCACCCUUCAGGUCUCGGUCUCAAGGCAAGAGGCUUGGGAGCUCAGGCGAGCAGGCGAGCAGGCGAGCAGGCGAUCCCCCAGUGAGCCAAGACCAAGGGAUCACCACCGACCGCCCAACCCCGACCACCGACAAGACCUGCCGCCUCCUCCUCAUCACCACCCUCGUCCAUCCUCCUCCUCCUUCGUUCUCAUCUUCUAUAUCAACCUCUCCUUUCUCUUCCUCUCUGCCUUUCUCCCGUACUCCUCCUCUCCUCCUCCGUUCCCUCUCCUUCUAUCCAUUCUUACUUGUUCACAUCGCUCGCCUUUUUGUUUAUUUUCUUCGCUGUCUACCACCUCCUCUCAACCUCUACCUCUCUUCAACCUCCUCCACUUUCCCCUUGUGCAUCAACACUGAACGCUUUCGUCAACUGGAAUCAACCUCUCGUCACCGCGCCCGUGCUCAAUUUCUGCCGCACAGACACCACGGUACUACCACUCCUACACCACCACCGCCACUUGACAUUCCCCUCGACGCCAUGCAGAACCAGAUGGACAAGCAGCCACUUGGUGGCAGCCCGACUUCGGUCCACUCGUCGCCCCUCAACCCCAACUCGUUCAA